AUGACUGUUACAAACGAUGAAGUCCUUAAGAGUGUCAUCAACCAAUUCAUAUCCACCAAGUCGUUGGCAGGCAAAACCCUUGUAGACACAACCACCGUCCACCCCGACACCACAGCCUCUAUAGCGGCCGAGCUCUCCACACACAAUUGCUCCUUCGUCGCAGCCCCUGUCUUCGGCCCGCCACCAACCGCCCGCGCAGGCCAGCUCCUCGUCGCCGUAGCCGGCUCUCCCCACGCCGUCGAAAUAAUCACACCCUACCUCCAAGGCGUCAUCGCCCGCGGCGUCAUCCCCGUCGGCCCCGAUCCCUCCAAAGCCCUCCUUCUCAAAUCUACCAGCAACUUCAUCGGCGCUGGCCUCAUGUACCUCAUCUCGGAAGCUCACGUCCUGGCGGAGAGAUCCGGCCUUCCCGCCCCCGUCCUCGAGUCGCUCAUCGAAGCCAACUUCGGUGCCUACGCAGCGAACACAUCUAAACGACUAACGUCCGGGAGCUACAUGCCUGCCGUGGGACAGGCGCCGAACAGCGCGCUGGAGCUGGCGAUUAAGGAUGUAGGAAUCGGGCUAGGGAUUGCGAGGGAGCAAGGGGUGAAGUUGGAGAUUGGAGAGUUGAGUAUGGGAGCGAUGGAGGAGGCGAAAAGAUUUGGGGAUGAGAGGGGGGAGGAAGUUGGACAGUCAUAG